AGUCGUCCUGCAAAGUGCCUGAAGGUCCUCAGGUAAUAAACAAACGGGGGUCCUGAUUCGGCGACAGUCGAGCGGUCGAGGCGUCACGUUGUUUCACAAACUGUGGUGAAUUAUCUAAAGCGGCGGCGACAUCUUUCCUCUGAGAGUGUUCGAGCGAUGUAGAGUCUUGUUAUUCGCGAACCAACCGAGUCUGUAGUUUUGUUUCUGAGCGUCGCGUCGUGUGUUUUCCGGCCGCAGCGCUAACGUCAGCGCCACAGAAGCAGAACGAGCUGGGCCUCAAACCCGCGUACUUCUGACAUUUAGCUGAAUAAAACAACAGGGAGGCGUGGAUGAGCAGCGAUGUCUGGCAUUGCUCUCAGCAGACUGUCCCAGGAGCGUAAAGCCUGGAGGAAGGACCACCCGUUUGGGUUUGUUGCUGUUCCCACCAAGAAUCCAGACGGCACCAUGAAUCUGAUGAACUGGGAGUGCGCCAUCCCUGGGAAGAAAGGAACCUUGUGGGAGGGAGGACUCUACAAACUCAGAAUGCUGUUCAAAGAUGACUACCCGUCCUCACCACCCAAAUGCAAGUUUGAGCCACCAAUAUUCCACCCAAAUGUUUACCCCUCAGGCACUGUGUGUCUGUCCAUCCUGGAGGAGGACAAAGACUGGAGGCCAGCCAUCACCAUCAAACAGAUCCUGUUGGGGAUUCAGGAGCUGCUGAAUGAGCCUAACAUUCAAGACCCAGCACAAGCAGAAGCUUACACGAUUUACUGUCAGAACAGGAUGGACUAUGAGAAGCGGGUAAGGGCACAGGCCAAGAAGUUUGCCCCCACAUAGAGAGGAGUGCUGGCCUCAUCCUGCCAGAGCAGCCUGAGCUGAUGGCCACAAACAAACAGGAGGCAGGCGACAGCUGAAGGACCACUCCAAUAUUAUUAUCAUACUAUUAUACAGAAGACAGCUUUCUUUCUUUUGUUCUCUCUUUCUUUCAUUCUCUUUUUCUUUCCUACUCACUUUUAAACAACAAUAGAUCAUACUUUUACCCACCUUGAUGAAAUAUUUAUGCGUUUUAAUCCGUAGCUGAUGAUCCUGAACUCUAGAUCUCUGCUGUCAACAUGAACUUUACUAUUUGUUACUUUUUGUAUAAUUCACAUCCCCAGUUUUGUCCUCAGAGCUUCAGAGCUCUUUCAUGCCUCCAUUAAUACAUCAGUCAUGGGACAGUGCUGUAGAAUAAGGUCUUAUUUAAAAAAGCCCUCAUGGUGUAAUGCGGAGUCCGUUCGGGUUGAGGAAGAGUGAUUCCGUAACUUUUCAGUUAUUAAUCAAACCCUGGGAAUAUAGCAGGUCGUGUUUUCAUGAAAAUGGGUUUAAACUGGCACAAUGUCACAAAUUCAGUGGACGUCAAUCAAUCAUCAUCCCUCCACUCAUCCCAUCACAGCAGAUUUUCCGUUAAAGCGAGAACCAUCAACAUGAGGGUCAAUCUCUCAUUUGCAUGUGGAUUUCAAGCAAAGCAGUUGCAGUUAUGUGAGCAGGAAGAGACGCUCUGUCCACCUCCGAGCAGGACGAGUCGUGUUUGAAAACUGGGACGUGUGGGUUCAGGGCUUUUCUUCCUCGGUCAGUCAUCAUUUUAUUGCAGUGAAACAAGGGUUAAGAUUCUUUUUGUGAAUCCAACUGGGAGUGAAACUGUUUGUCAGUUACAGUGAUGAACCGAGGUCACUUUGACCUCCAGUAAAAUGAAUUCGAAUAGUCUCCCCGCGUGUUUCUUUUUGACUCUGUUCAUUCAGUCGUUUAAUCCUGCAAAGCUUACAAAAUUAGUGUGAACAUCAUAAAAUCCAGAAACAGGUCCAUCUGCAGUCAGUGUGGCUGAAGGAUCCUCAUUUGAAUGGCCUCUGAAAUGAAAAGCAAAAGAAAGUGCACUUGGGAGUAAGUGAAGGCCUGAGAUUGUUUUUCUGUUUUUUGCCUCUGAAUAUAUGAGUGCAUGUACAUAAUAUAAAUAAUGACAAAUUGUGGAAGUUAUGUUUUAUAUUGUUUUAGCCAGUUGACAUUUGUGUGUGGUAUUAGAACAAAAACACAAUAAAUGGCAUCAAAUUGUGAAAUAAAGUUGAAUAAAA